CCUCUCUGUCAUUUGGUCUGGGGCCUGUUGGUGAAGCAGGGAGCCGGAGUUGAACUGAGAGCCGGGGGUUGGUAGCUGGAAACGGCCGCUGAGGCAGCAGCAGCAGCAGCAGCAGCAGCUUCAUCCAUCAGCCGGCUGCCGGAGGUCCGUGUCUGGCUGGGCCCCAGAUGUAAAGCACCCCUGGGCCCCCCAUCCUGAGACCUGAGGCCCCCUAGCCCCUGAUCGGCCCAGAGAACCGGUGUUGCUGUUGACUCUACAUCUUGUCAGGUAUCUCUUCCGGAAGCUGCCACUUCAGUGGAAAGGAUGACUCAGUCCGUACAAGUCACCCCCAAACUGCCAGACCUGGGCUCCCCCUUCCUGUACUGCGGGGGCGGGGCCGGUACUGAGGAGGCGGACCCGGCCGCCUCCUACUCGGUGCAGACCCCCUACGGCUUCCAGCUCGACCUGGACUUCCUGAAGUACGUGGAGGAGAUCGAGAGCGGCCACAACCUGCGCCGGGCCCCCGUGGGCCCCCGCCGGCCCGGGGGCCGCGGGGCCCGGCUCUCCCAGCGGAGCCCCAGCGUGGGCGGGGGCCGCGCCAGCGGCUGGACCUCCACCGAGUCCCUGACGUCCCAGGGCAGCGAGGACGGCCGGGUCCCGCCCCCGCCGCCGCCCCGCAAGCGCCUGGGCUCGGCGCCCUGCGAGGGCCUCGCCGUCUCCCCGCUGACGCUCCUCAGCGGCCCCCCGCUGUCGGCCGGGGCCAGGGCGGCGCCACCGCCGCCGCCACAGCGCAACCCCCGCGUGGAGCGCACCCUGCUGGAGACCAGCCGCCGCCUGCAGCAGGAGCAGAACCACCACGGCCACAACGGCCUGCGGCUGCAGCUCGCCGACCCCCCCAAGCCCGCCGCCGCCGCCGCCGCCGCUGCCGCCGCUGCCGCCGCUGCCGCCGAGGGGCGUCUGCUGCCGCCGCCGGCCCCGGGUUCGACCGCGCCCGGCGGCCUCUGGAGCCGGCCGAGCCCGCAGACGUCCGGGCGCAGCACCCCGGGGCCGGGGGCCCCCAUGACGCCGGUGGCCCCCAGCCAGCUGCAGACGGUCCGGGAGCAGAUGGCCACGGCGCUGAGGCAGCUGAAGGACAUGGAGGAGAGGGUGAAGGGGGUGCCGGCGCUGGAGAGGGAGCUGGCCAAGCUCCGCGCCGAGAAGGAGAUGCUCCUGCUGGCGCUGCAGGAGAAGAGGGAGGCGGAGGGGAGGAGGGAGGAGGAGGGGAGGAGGGAGGAGGAGGAGAGGAGGGAGGUAGAGAGGAGGAGGGAGGAGGAGGGGAGGAGAGAGGAGGAGGAGAGGAGGGAGGUAGAGAGAAGGAGGGAGGAGGAGCUGAGGAAGGAGGCGGAGGGAAGGAGGAGGCAACACACAGAGAGCUCCACUCAGACCACGGAGCCUCCCCAGAGCUCGGCCCAGCCCAAGGCCGUGCGGCUGGGGUCCCCGCCGGCCUCCCCCGGCCGCCUCGGCCCCGGGCGGUCCGAGGAGCUCCGGAAGCUCACGGCCCGGUUCGAGGCGAAACAGGAGAAGCUGCCCGAGCGCCAGGAGAAAGCCGUCCCGAAGCUCCCCGAGAAGGUCCCGGUGCCGUCGGAGCGGAGGUCGGUGGCGUCCGGGGGGGACGAGCCGAUGGACUCUGCGGUGUUCUACCACAGCCUGGGGAGGAGGGACGCGUGCGAGGGGGCGGAGGUCGCCGUGCGCGACCAGACCACGGCGACGGAGGCGCCGGCCGCCGGCCGCGAGGAGGGCACCCAGACCGGGGCGCCGGCGACGCAGGACGCCGGCGUCUGGGUGAUGGAGUCCCUCCUGGGGGUGACCAGCGAGGCCCAGCGCGAGACGGACACCCUGCAGGACACCAUCAAGUUCCAGCAGGAGUCCAUGGCGGCGCUGGAGCUCCGGCUGAGCUCGGCCGACGCGGACCUGGGCGCGCUGAGGGCCCGGGCCCUGGAGCGGGAGAACAGGGUCACGCUGGAGAAAGGGGUCCAGGCCGCGCCCGGCAGCGCGCACGUCGCCGUGGGGACCACGCCCUCGGACCCGCGGCACGUCGGGGUCACGUGCCGUCCGGAGGUGGUCAGCGUGGGCGUCGGCGGGGAUCGUACCGCCGACCCGGUCGAGAGAGGCACACAGACGGACGUUGAGGCGGCGGUGGUGGAGCCGGCGGCGGUGGCGGCGGCGGCGGAGCCGGUCGUCGUUGCCGAUGCGGCGUGCCAGUGGGAGAGGUUACCGGAGGAGAAGGAGAAGGAGGAGGAGGAGGAGGAGGAGGAGGAGGAAGAGGAGGACGUGGUGGUGGUGGAGGUGGCGCUGAUGGAGCCAAGGGCCGCGGCGACGGUGCUGAAGAAGCGUCAGCUGACCAUCGCCGAGUACCAGAUCACGCCGGACGAGGAGAUGGUGAGCGCCGCGGAGAAGGCCGGCGGGGAGCAGCGGGAGGAGGGCGCGCCCGCCCGGCCCAAGACAGGACUCCUGAAGUCCAUCAUGAAGAGGAAGGAUGGGACUACCACAGGCAACGCCGGCAAGAAGAGCCUGCAAUUUGUCGGCAUCCUCAACGGAGGGUAUGAGUCUACAUCUAGCGAAGAGGAGGCGGAAGACGAGGAAGAAGAGGAGGAGGAUGAGGAGGGGAGCUCCUCCGCGGAGAGCGGCGAGGGCGAGUGCUCGGACAGCGAUGAGGAGGACGAGGCGGCGCUGGAGGAGGAGACGUCCGACGAGGAGCGCAACGUCAACGUGGACGAGAGCGACACGGACGAGGAGACCCUGAGGGCCGCCCACCGGGACGACUCGCAGAUCGUCAAAGAAAAGUUCGAGCUAAGUUCUAAGAUGCGAGAGGCGUGUCUUAUCCUGAAGAACCACCUGAAAGAUGACAUCACCGCCCUGAAGACCAAGGAAGUGCUGUCCAGCACGCACUCGGUGCAGCUGGAGUGGUUCCGGGUGUCCAGCGCCAAGACGGCGCAGCCCGCGCGGGUCUCCGACUACCUGAUGGCGUUCACGGAGGUGUCGGCGGCGCUGCUGGAGACGGUGGUGAACAUGACGGACGGGAACGGCAACACGGCGCUGCACUACAGCGUGUCCCACUCCAACUUCGGCGUGGUGGGGCUGCUGCUGGACACGGGUGUGUGCUGCGUGGACAAGCAGAACAAGGCGGGCUACACGGCUAUCAUGCUAGCAGCGCUAUCCGCGGUCAAGGAGGAGGACGACAUGGCGGUGGUCAAGAAGCUCUUCAGCCUGGGGAACGUCAACGCCAAGGCCAGCCAGGCGGGCCAGACGGCGCUGAUGCUGGCGGUGAGUCACGGGCGUGAGGAGAUGGUGCGGGCGCUGCUGGACUGCGGCGUGGACGUCAACGUCCAGGACGACGAGGGAUCCACCGCCCUGAUGUGCGCCAGCGAGCACGGCCGCUCGGAGAUCGUCUCCCUGCUCCUGGACCAGCCCGGCUGCGACAUCUCCAUCGUGGACCACGUGAGUCCGGGGUCGACUCGCUGCCCUGGGGGGGGGGGGGGGGGGGGUCAGGGGUCGAGAUGACUGGCAGGGAGACGCCGUGUUUAGCAAUGAGUCAAUUGUACCUCAAAUAUAUAAACCAGUCCUGAGAUUAAUGUUAUAAGCACAGAGUGACAAAACAUUUGGAGGCCAAUGUGUGAAAGCUCUCAUGAUCAGGGUUCAUAACAAAGUGUCUUGUUUAUGUUCCGCCCAUAGACUGCAAGCUGACUCAGGGGAUGACAUAAUGUAGAAAGGCUUUACUCCUCCUGAAAGAACAAAUGAGGUACACAUCCUUGAGUCGGCUGAUCCUCAGUGGCUUCACUGGAUCAGAUGUUUAACCGACAACUUACGCCAAUUGGGCUGAUACAAAUGGCAAACAACGCAAGACAGUAAGAAGCAGGCUUUUACGAGAUAUUUCCAUCAAAAUUCAAUAGGCUCAUUUUACCUUUACUUUAGUCGUUGUCUUUUGUUUUAUCGGUUUAAAUGUAACAGUUAAGAGAAUGACGGUUAGUGCCAGAGACUGCACAGAUGAUGAGCAGCCCCCACAAAUGCAAACGUACAAACCACCCAGACACAUUAAGUCCUAACGAGCACAGCAGAACUCCUCUAGGGAGGCAGGUGAGUCUUUGAUUCAGCCAUGGAGCAUUUCCUCGGUAUUUCAGUCUGGGAAUCCACUUGGGUUGCGUUGAGGAAAAGGUUCCAGGAUAGUAGGCUGCUCCUGAGGGUUGCUAUGGGAGAGAUGGUGCACACUCCUUUCCUCAAACUUUCCAUCGCCUACUAAUUUCCCUGCUUUCUUUGGUCCUUGUAUAAGUAGCACAUAGAUGCAGAUACACACACACAUACACACACACACUCAUAGACACACACUCAGGACACACACACAUACAUGCAUGCACACACAAACACGCACACACGCACACACGCACACACACACACACACACACAC